AUUUUAUGAUCGAGUGUUGAUAUAUAUAAAUUAUUUACGGAACGCAUAAUUCAAUAUUAAUAUUAUCAUGCGAUUCGUUUCCGCAGUAGGGUCUAAUUGUUUGCAUAAAAUACGAAUAAAAGGAAAAGUACUAAAUCUUUUCACUCAUAAUGCUUAUGGAAAUCGAAAGGUGUACGCUCGGGAAAGCAUACCGUAACGAAUAAUCGUGACUAUUGAUAACAAACUGUUCUAAUAGUCAGACAACUGUCUUUUCUGAUAUUAAUUAUACUCUUUGUGAGCAGUCAAUAAAAGUUUAUUUGUGAGCGUCGAAUUGUAUUGGGAAGUGUAUCAAUUAUUAUAUUUCAAAUUCUAAUUAAAAUUUUGAAAAUGUCGUGGAUGGGUAGAAAUUUAGCUGAUCUUUGCUCAGUAGAAUCGACAAUUUCUACAUGUCAACCUCCGGCCUUUAUGUUUCUCGCUCUUGUAACAAAUCUUUUCGGUUCUUCUUCAGAUAAUUUUCCUCCUACUUCUGGAUAUUCUGAAUCAGUCUUCAAUACAGAAUUAAGUACAACGAAUUUGCCAUAUAAAUCGAAUCUAGAUUACGGAACUUCAAGUUAUCCGUUUUCAAAUUUUAAUGCAAACAAACGCAUUUGUGAAGGAUGCGGUUCGAAAAAGACUACUGAAGAGCCGACCGUGUUUACAAGUGACAAAUUUUAUUUAGAUAACGAAUGGAGUAUUUUUAAUAGUAAUAGUGAUCAUAAACAAGGUGAAAAAAUAAAUUUUCCUGAACUGAGUGGUUUUUCUGCAGUAGAGUAUGAUUUUAUCAUUGUUGGGGCUGGAUCUGCGGGAUGUGUUCUUGCCAAUAGAUUGUCCGAGAUAAAUCAUUGGAAAGUUCUUUUAUUGGAAGCCGGCAUUGAAGAGCCUGAUGUCGCUGAUGUACCGUCAUUUGUACCUAUAUUACAAGCCAGUAAUAUUGACUGGAUGUACACAACGCAACCGGAUAGACAUUCUUGUCGGUCAAGAAGAAAUCAAGGCUGCAGUUGGGCACGUGGGAAGGUGAUGGGCGGAUCAAGCACCAUCAAUUAUAUGAUCUAUAUAAGGGGAAACCGUGAUGACUAUAAUGAAUGGGCGCGUCUUGGAAAUUAUGGAUGGGAUUACGAAAACGUAUUACCAUAUUUUUUAAAAUCAGAAAAUAAUGGAGAUCCGGAGAUUGUCAAGGAAAAUCCACGGUAUCAUCAAACGGGUGGUUAUCAAAAUGUUGAAAGAUUUGAAUACGAUGACAUAAAUUCCCACGUUUUAUUAAAUGCCUGGAAAGAACUUGGCUAUCCCGAAACAGAUUCGAAUGCCGAAAAUCAAUUAGGAGUGACGGAAGUUCAAACGACGAGUAUUAACGGAAUGCGUCAUAGUACAAACGGUGCUUUCAUCCGUCCGAUUAGACACAAAAGACGGAAUUUAGUUAUUGAAACUCAAGCUCAUGUAAUACGAGUUGUAAUUGAUCCAAAAACUAAAGUUGCAACUGGUGUAGAAUAUUUUUCAACUAAAACGGGUUUCACGAAAUUAGCAUUAGCUACCAAAGAAGUUAUUUUAUCAGCUGGUUCAUUGAAUUCGCCUAAAAUUUUGAUGCUCUCAGGAAUCGGCCCACGUGAAGACUUAGAGUAUUUAGGCAUCCCAGUUAUUUAUGAUUCUUAUGUUGGUUACAAUCUCCAGGAUCACGUAACUACAGAUGGUUUGGUUAUUGAAUUGAGUAAUAAAACAAGCAAGCAAGCCGACUACGAUCAAAUGGUGCAAGAUAUUGACGUUUACCGUCACACAAAGAUGGGCCCUCUGUCAACAACGGGGCCACUCACUAUAAAUACUUUCGUACAAACACGUUACGAACAAUCCUUUACCAAACCGGACAUUCAGUUUAGUUUUGAUCCAAUCAACGUCGACGAUUUUUAUGCAGAUCCAAUUCGCUCCGCGGAAACGGGGAUUUUCCCAAAAGCUUAUUACAAUGGUCUAGCUAUCAGGCCAAUUUUAUUGCCGCCGAAAAGUCGUGGGCUCGUAAGAUUGAACGAAACGGAUCCCAUUUGGGGACCACCAGUCAUUUAUCCCAAUACUUUUUCAGCUUAUCCCGAUUUGGACACAAUGAUUGAUGGUAUUGAAAUAGCGAUGGAACUAUUUAACACAGACUCAUUCCGUGAAUUCGGUUAUCGAUUGCGAGAGGAUCCGUUGCCAGCUUGCGACCACUUGUCCUUCGGAACUCGAGAGUACUGGGCUUGCGUCCUAAUGGAGUACACUGCCACUAUUUAUCAUCCCGUUGGCACUUGUAAGAUGGGGCCAAAAAAAGACAGAAGAGCUGUAGUUGACCCACAACUCAGAGUCUACGGUGUCGCGUCAUUGCGUGUCGUUGAUGCUUCCAUUAUGCCAUUGAUUGUACGGGGGAAUACAAAUGCACCCGUCAUUAUGAUAGGUGAAAAAGCCAGUGACAUGAUUAAAUCCCAUUGGUUAAACAAAUGAUUUGUCAUCGUCUCUGUGACUUUGAGCUAUUGAAAUUUGACCUUUCAAACUUAUUAAGACUUUUUAUUUCAGAUAAACAAUUAUCUGUAAUCAUGUUGUUAUUUUGCAUCCAUAAAAACAAAUUUUUUAUUGGUUGUAAUAAAUGGUUGAAUAAAUUUUAUCGUAUUUUUUUUAUGCCUUUUGAAAGUCAAAUUUUUUCCUUAUCGGCU